UAUUUCAAUUCAACCAGUCUCGGCUUCUUCUCUCAGAGAGCAGCAAUGGCAAUUUGGCUUGUUAAUGGCCUCAGAGGUCUCUUCUCUGUGUUGGGAUGUGUGAUGCUGGCCACUCUCCUUUACACCAUCUUUACCGAUGGCCUCCCUUUCCGCAGAGACCUUCUCACCCCGUGGAUGGCUGCAACCCUGGUUGAUUUCUAUAUCAAUGUUGUAGCUUUGGCGGCUUGGGUUUCAUGCAAGGAAUCAAACUGGGUUAGUGCAAUACUAUGGACAAUUCUGCUCGUGUGUUUUGGCAGCAUUACUACAUGUGCCUACAUUGUUUUGCAAUUUUCCAAGCUGUCAUCAGAAUCUGUACAAGAUGCCAUUUAUCAUGUCUUGUUGCGGAAUCAAAGCAAGAAUGGUACAGUACAAAAGAGGACAUUUUCCCCUAUUGUGACUGCAAGAAUUAGUUUCAGUUUAUUGGGUUUGCUGAUGUUGGGAACUUUGAUUUACACUCUCCUGACUGAUGGUUCUCCUUUCCGCAAAGAGCUUUUAACACCGUGGAUGACAGCAACACUAAUUGACUUCUAUAUCAAUGUUGUGGCCCUCUCAGUUUGGGUUGCCUACAAAGAAUCAAGUUGGAUCAGUGCAUUCCUUUGGAUAAUUCUAUUGAUAUGUUUUGGCAGCAUUACUACAUGCAUCUACAUUGUCCAACAGCUCUUCCAGCUCUCUUUUCAAGAUCCACUUUACCUUGUUUUGUUGAAUAAUGGCAACAGGGUCCCUAGGGCAGGUUCAAUUAACCGCUAGAAGAAAGGAAUAUCAUUGGGCAGAUGGCUCUAGAAAACUUACUUUGAAAUGAUUGUCCUAUCGUUAGUUAGAUGUAGUUUUCUAAAUAAAAAGAUAAUUGGAGUUUGAAAAGGUCAUUUGAAAGGACCCCUUGUAAUAUAGAUAUAUUCCACUCUUCCUAUGUGUCUCUAUAAUAUGUUAACUAUCAUCUUCAUAGAGAAAUGUUCAGAUGCAGUAAAUGAUUUGUUUUUGUGUCAUCCAGUCAUCCUAAUGGAGGAUGGUAUUGUGACAGCUUGAGAGGAAACUCACCCUUUCAAGAACAGCAGGAGCUUCAAGAUGUGAUUAUGAAUUUUAUGCUCAUCUUGAGGGCAAUUUGCCUAGUUGACAUUAAAACAAGUUCCUGGAUUUUUACAAUUCUUCAACUUUUGCUAUUCUUAGCAGUUUUGUCAAAAUACUAGGAAUUUAAAGAAAAGAUAAAGCUGAAAUAGGUCAAACCUUUGAAAUGGAUCAAGCCGAUGAUAUUUGGAAUUUCGGUUAAAACCUGAACCUUGGGUUGGAUCCCAAUGAUUGCUAGAUCCCAAAAUUUACCAACAUAGCAAGUCCUCAAACUGACCUCUGUUGAUCCAUUGCCCAGAUGCAUGGGAGUCAUGGACUGUGAUUUUCACCCAGACUUAUUGGGUUCUGCAAAGAACAAUGAAAGAACUGCUUCUAAACUGGAAUUCAAAAAUUUGUUAGCAAAAAACAAGACAAAGAGAUUUAUUUUGUUUUCCUUGUAUGCUUGGACAGGGAUUGGAACUUUGAUUAGGAAGCACACUUUCUGGAAUACACUAACAGCUUGGGUUGUACAAGAGUCUUGAAGUGUUUUGAGCUCUUGUUUUGCUCUUUCCCAUUCCAGAUUUGUCCUGUUUCUUUUGGCACAUUGCUGAAAUUAUAACCCUGCAUCCCAAAACCUAUGUUUCAUGACCUGCACUCAAAGCUGUUUUAGAAUUUGAUAAAAUCAAUUUCAUAAGCCCCUCAUAUCAA